AUGACUGAUGAUACCUAUACAGCACAUGCUGGGGCUAAAUUCCCGAUAAAAUGUGAAAAGAAAUUUUUAAUUGAAAAUAUUUUCAUAUUUAAAAAUAUUUUAGGGACAGCACCAGAAGGAUUGGCAUAUAACACUUUUAGUACAAAAUCUGAUGUUUGGGCAUUUGGUGUUCUUCUAUGGGAGAUUUUUAGUUAUGGAAUGGCACCCUAUCCAGGCGUUGAAUUGGGGAGUGUUAUUGGCCUGCUUGAAAAAAGUUCUUUGAUUUUUAGAUCCCAAAAAUUCCAAAAUACUUAUAUAGAUUUUCGUUUGGAACGACCAACUGAUUGCCCAGACUCUGUCCAUCGUUUAAUGCUUCAAUGUUGGCAAUGGUCCCCUUCUGAUAGACCCCGUUUUCAUAAUUUACAUAAAAGCCUUUAUUCUCUUUUGCAAUCUGAAAAAGGCGAAACUACACCUAUUGCUGAAAAUACAAAUUUAAUUUUCUCGCCUGAAAGAGCUGAGGAAUUGAAUUCAUCCUCUUCUUUUUGCCCUUCUUUACAAACAACCUCUUCAUUACAAGCAACAAAUCAACAACUUGCUUUUGUAGCUGCUUCAGUUGCUAAAAAGAGAGAAGCAAAACAACGUGAAAUGUCGGGGAUAUGUUUAUCAGAUCAAGCUCAGGCUAAAAUUUCUGACCCUCUUGGCAUCAUAUCUCCUCGUAUACCUAGCACUUCAAUUCCAUCAAGUAGUGCAGCCUCUCAUGCCCAUCACCUUUUGCGAGACAGAACGGUAUCUAUGGGCUGCCGUGCCUCGCAACAAAGACAAGCACGUUCCUCAUCUCCAGAACCCCCACCACCACCUCCACGUCCUGAUAGAAGAAAAAGGCCUUCUAUGGGGGCACAAUUAGAACGGACAAGUUUCUCAACUUUUCGGCCAUCGGAACCUGCUCAGAUGGUUGGAGGUCCUUCCCCAACAAUAUUUCAUCAUUCUCCAAAUAUUAUUCACCUACCUACCGAACCCCCACAAUCUUUAUCAUCCAAAACAUUUGCCAAACCAUCAAUGCCUUCAACUAAAAAUCAAAAAUUAUUUGCUAGACUUCCAACAGUUCAAUUCGUUCAAAAAGAAGAAGGGCCUAGAUCUGGCAAAAAUUUAACAAAAUUGAAUUUGAGUGGAACUGGGACUUUGCCUAGAGGGUUUUCUUUGGAUACAACAGUUAAAAGGAGCGGGUCUGAAUUAAAAUUUCCCGAGCCUUUUGAAAAGAAUGAAGAAAAGAGUGGACAAGAAAAGGAAGAAAAUAAAUUAGAAAGGCCAUUAAAAGAAGAAAAAGAGGAAGAUAAUAAUCAGAUUUCUAAACUUCCUCUACAACACUUAAAAAUGAGAUUGAAGAAAACUACAUCAGAGACUAGUGCUGUUCAAUCAACAUCUAAUAAUCAACAGACAGACGAACCGAAUAGUUCUAGAUUGGUCAGACCAGAACCUAAACCAAGGCGUUCAGUAGAUCCAUCAGUUGAAUCGUGUUUAAAAAAUAAUCAAAAAACAAAAUUUGAAAGUUCGAUUGAAACUACUUCUGGUUCUUCACUUCAAAAUAUUGAUGAAGUAAAGGAAGAUAACGAACUCCAUGCAAAAAUCAAACAAUUGCGCCAUGUACAGAGAGUUACUGCGGAAGAGGAGAAUAAUACACCGGAAGGAAUGGAGGGAAAUGAGCAAAGUGAAGAACUAGAGGAAAGUAAUUUGGAUACAAAAAUGACUAAAAUGAAAAUUGAAAAUGAAAGGUUUGUAGGAGAUUUUGUGAAAUAUUUAGAAUUUGUUUUAAAUCAAAAAAUCAACGAAAUUCCAAAACAACAACAAAUCCAACAACAAAACAACAAAAAAAUUAACAUCGAACCACCUCCCAAAAUGCGUCAUUUAGUCACUCAAAAAGUAGCUCCCCUUCAACAUCACCGCCCUUUCUCAAUGCAAGCAAUAUCUGUAGGUGUUCAAGAGACUAAGAAAGAAGAUGAUAAUUCUAGUAAUAUUGAAGGAGUUUAUUUAACUUCUUCUGUCACUUUUAACCGUCCUCAAAAACCAGAAAUUAGCGAUAAUUUGAAUGCAACCGAUGAAAAGACAGCAGAAUUAACUAUCGAGACAAAUAAAAUUGAAGUAUCAAAAACUUCCUUAAACAACAAAAAUGAUGAGAAAGAUUAUUCAGUCGCUUCUCCUGUUAAAUUCCGACCAUUUUCUACACUUCAAAGGCCUGAAAAACCCAAUGAUGAUAAAAUACCCCAAGCCUGUACCAAACCCAAAUGUGUUACUGUUGCCCAACCAAAACUGCCAUCAACUGAAAGAGAUAUUCAACAAAUACCGGCAAUCAGGCGUUCAGAUCCUUCAAUGCCCUCUGAAGAUAAUAUUAAUCAAUUAACACCUCAAUCUGAACGUCAUUCUGCUUCUUCAACAAUUCAGAGACAUUCAAAUAUAUUUUUGAGUGAUAAUGAAAACUCUCCUAGACUUCCCAGAGAAUCUUCUCCCUCUCUUUUAUCAUCAAAAGAGCAUCAUCAAGUUCCUGUACCCGAAGAUAGUGGACAACAACAGCAAACACCUCCCGUUAGCAAAGAUUAUCUUAAUGAAUUACACAGACAACUAAAUGUAUUUAUGCAAGAAGUUAAUCGAAAACCAACGGCCGGAACAGUAGCAUUUCUUAUUAGAGCUAUUGGGCAACAACAACCUAAAGAUGGAGAAAAUGGAGGUGCUGACCACUUAAUUCGUAUUAGUGAUUUAUUACAACAAUUUCAUCACACAUGCACAAUUUAUGCAGAAAAUAUUUCUCCACAUUCCAAAUUUAAAUUUAGAGAAUUAUUAAGCCGAAUGGAGGCAGGUAUUCGGCAGCUAAGAACUUUUAUUUCAACACCAUCUACUUCCUCUUCCAUUAAUAAAUCUAUUGGAAAUCGCCAAACAUCGACAAAUACCCCACCUUCACAAACAUCCACAACAUCUCCCCCAAGCGACCGUCAAGUCCUUGCUGAUAUGGAAAUGCUUGUUAGACAAGUAAUGCAAUUAGUUAAUAGAUGA